AUGUUCAAAAUCUCCGUCCUUGCUGCUCUCGUCGCUGUACUUCCCGCUUUCGUCCAAGCUCAGUCUGCCGUAUACGGCCAGUGCGGUGGUAUCGGAUGGACUGGUGCCACGACUUGUGUGUCCGGAUCAACUUGCACCGUCCUGAAUGCUUAUUACUCUCAGUGCCUUCCGGGUUCAGCAGCGUCUAGCAGCACUGCCGCCGCCCCCACUAGUACUGCCGCCGCCCCCACUAGCACUGCCGCCCCCACUUCCACCGCCCCCGCUGCCACCGGAACUUGCGAUGAAUUCCGAUGCGGUGUGCCAAACAACUACAAAUGUCAUGGUCCCCUGAUAACUUGUUUUGGCGUCGUCCUCGUCGCGUCGUAUCUCCAUUUUUUAUCGUAUCACUUUGGUUCCGGAAACUGUCGUUUUUACGCGUAUGAAGAAUGCAUGAGAUGGCGGUCUUUCGGUUGUCAGCAGGUCUCGGCGGCUGACUUCACGAAAGAUGGCGUCAUCCUUGCUACCUGUAACACAUGCUGGGCUCGUAGACGCUCUGCUCAAGCUGCAGCGUCACUGCGCUACAGGCUGGCACCAAGGUCUUCAACGUUGACGGGGGAAGAUGCCGUUGCCCUCGCUAUUAGGAACUGGGGAAGGGCCGAUUCAGGCUGCGGGGACAAAGAGAUGUCCUUGGAAGACGGCUCUCUCUAG